CAUCGUUUCUCCCUCCUUACUCUCACUUCUUCUUCUUCUUCUUCUCCCUGCCUUUCCUGAUCUGGGAGGACAGCAGGAUGGAGGACAGGGUGUGGACUGUGCGCCUUCUGGUCCUUUUGACACUGGGAUGGACGGAUGCUCAGAGUCAGACCAACAGCACCGACACAAGGCCCAUCUUCCUCUGUGGAGGCCACUUGGUCACGGACUCAGGCAUUGUUGCCAGCGAAGGUUUCCCUACGUACUACAAACACAACAGUAAAUGUACCUGGUACAUCACUGUCCCAGAGGGUCAUGUGGUCAUGCUCUCUUUCCGCCUCUUCGACAUGGAGCCAGACCCCACUUGUCGCUAUGACUACCUGGACGUCUACAAUGGUCACACCCGCUUGGUGCAGAAGCUGGGCCGUUUCUGUGGGACGUUCAGGCCUGGCGCCCUCAUCUCCACCUCCAACACCAUGAUGCUGGAGAUGGUGUCGGAUGAAAGCACCGGAGGAAGAGGCUUUCUGGCUUCCUUCAAUGCAGGAAAGCCACACAUGGAAGAGAACCAGUUCUGUGGAGGACGGCUGACCAAAUCCCAGGGGUCCGUCAAGACGCCCAACUGGCCCAACUCUAAUUACCCAGCAGGUAUCAGCUGCUCCUGGCACAUCUCCGUAGAACCAAGCAAUGUGAUUGAGGUGAAGUUUGUGAAGCUGGAUUUGGAAGCUGACAGCUACUGUCGUUAUGAUUAUGUGGCGUUGUUUAACGGAGGAGAGACUGACGACUCAAGGAGGAUUGGGAAAUUUUGCGGGGAUAGACCCCCAGGCAUUAUAGUGACGAAUGGGAACGAGCUCCUUGUCCAGUUCGUGUCAGAUCUCAGCGUGACGUCCGAUGGAUUCAUGGCGCACUACUCCAGCGUGCCCCGAGGAUCCCGCAGACCCACCGCCGGAGGUGACUUCAUCUACGGUCCUCAAACCACCUCCAUACCACAAAAACCAACAGCGAGACCAAGCAAACCCACCAGAGCAACCCCAAAACCAACUCCAAAACCGACUCUUAAACCAACUCCCAAACCAGCCGUCAAACCAACUCUCAAACCAGCCGUCAAACCAACUCCCAAACUAGCUGUCAAACCAACUCCCAAACUAGCUGUCAAACCAACUCCCAAACCUAGACCUACCCUCAAGCCUAAACCCACCCAAAGACCUGUCAAAAGACCACCACUGGUAAAGAAACCUCCACUGCGCAAACCCACAGGCAGGCCUUCAGUCAGACCCACACCUAAACCCAGACCACCUAGACCCACACCUAAGCGACCUGUGAAAAGGCCCACACCGAAACCUGGAACCAGACCUACAAUCAAAACUAAGGUCAUUAAGCCAACCCUCAAGCCGAGCGUCAGGACUAAACCCACACGUAAAACUGUGGUGAAGCCUACAAUGAAACCUAGAGUCAAGCCAGUAAAGCCGACUCCUAAGAGUGGAAUUAAACCAACAAUCAAACCAACAACCAAACCAACAACCAAACCAACAACGAAGCCUAAACCAUCACCAAAACCAGGAGUAAUCAAAACAGUGACGAAGAAGCCUGCGGUGAGCAAGAAACCUUUGCCAUUUAACCCGCUAUGUACACAACCCUGCAAGAGGACAGGAACUCUCCAAUCCAACUUCUGCCCUCAUGACUUUGUGAUUACAGGUAAAGUUACAUUCCUCACAGCUGGUCCAGGAGGCUCAGCAACAGUCGAGGUGUCUUUAAUAAAGGCCUAUAAGACAGGCAGCCUCAACAUCACCAGAUCCGGACCAGCAAUGUCAGUCACUCUGAGCUCCACCUGCAAGAGAUGUCCCGGCUUAAUCAAAGGCCGGAACUACGUGCUGAUGGGAAAAGUCGACGCACAGGGCAACGGCCACCUGAGCCCCUCCAGCUUCACUCUCCUCUACCAGCCCGUUCACAGCAAAACACUGGCCACCCUUGCUCGCAAAUCAUGCUGAUAUAUGAACCUAAUCCUCCAAUCACAAUAAUUACCUUUACAUAAAGGGUAAAAACCUCAAACAAUAUCAAGCACAUUUUGUUUUACAUAUUAUGGUAUGGUUGCGAAAAGCAGAAACGCAACAUUAACUAUUCCAUUUUUUUGUUUUGUAUGUAAAUUAUAUUAUUAAAUAAUAUUUCUGUGUUAUAAGAUGCAUAAUAAACAGGUUUGUUGGGGUAUAUAUUAGUAUCUUCUAUCUAGUAUCUAAAACCGGGUAAAAAGGGCAAAAAUGCAAUACCAACAAGCAUUUGCUGCCAUUUACAUGUUGCACAGGCAUCAAUAUUAACAAUUCUUUGCUUUUUACAACUUAAAACAAUGAAAACAAGAGGAAUUCAUUCUUCACUUCCAAAGUGACUCAUAGAUGUUUCUGUGAGUCAUUUGUGUUUUCGUGAACAUUAGUACUAUACAUCAUUAAGAAGAUACUGACUUUAUUUCAGCAGUGGUGUAAACAUUUUAUAAUCUUUGCAAAUGGAAUUUGUUAGUACCUAAUAAUCAUGUAAAUAGUUGAUCUGAUUAUUUCUUUCUUGUUGGGAUAAAAGCAGAGGACUGACUGAAAAAAAAAAGAUUGUUGAAGAAUAAUCCGCUGUGGACAGAUCUGCCUCAACUGGAGUCUCCAUUGGGGACACUCUUUUUUUAAAAUAAAUAAAUAAAAUGUAACAGUUACACACAACAAGA